AUGCGCGGCGAUAACGCGAAGGGUACACUGCCCUUACUCCCCCCUCUAUGUGCUUGCCGUUUCACCUCCGCACAGGAACACCAGCAGGCAGUCAUCCCAGUUCCACUAUCGCGCACCGUGCCUUCUCCCCAUCAACACCAUCCAGCCUCGUACCUUCCCUCAUGCUCUUCGAGCAUGAAGCAACCAAGAAGAGAAGCAU